AUGCGCUGGCUCCUGCACCUCCUCCACUUACUCCUCUACAUCGAUACCUCUGUUGCUUUGAAUAGACAACAGACACGGUCGGAUACAAUGUUUUUAGCAAUGGUUUGUCAGGAAGAAUGCGAAGUUCAAAUAAGAUUCUUGGAACACCGAUCCGUGAAUGAGUCACAUUCUCCAUAUGAGUUCACAAUGGUUUCCAACAAUGGAUCUCUUCAUGAAACGACUAUGGAUGUUCCAGAAGAUGUCAAUGUCAUUGAAUUCCUCUACACAGUUCCAGAAGACGAGAAUGGAACAUCUACUGUGGAGUCUGAUAUCUGGGAUCUAAACUUCUCAGAAACUUAUUUUCAUUCCACUGGAUCCCUCCAAGUUGUCGGAAAUUUGCCAUGUGGCAAAUACGGUUGCCCUCAGAAUCCCCUCUGCGACGGUGGCUGCAGAUUCACAGUCAUAGCUUCUCUCGCUGCAUUUUGUCUCUCAAUUCUAGCUGGUCUUAUCCUUCAAACCGUCUAUGUUUCCUUCCUCGGAUUCCGUAAAAAUCGGAAAGAGCUAGAGCUUCGAGACACUCUUCGUUUGACUGAAUCUGCUGAACCCUCCCAUUAA